AUGGGACGACAGCUCGACAGCGUAGACUACGUCACGAUCCCGCAGCUCACCGUGUCGUUUCUUAACGGCACGUCCCAGGCAUGCACCGACUCGGUGUGCGGCUACAAGGCCAGCUAUUUCCAGGGCGACCUGCAGUGCAACAUGCAGCCGUACCUCGUCGAAGGCAACAUCUGGAACGCGACCAAGGCCGGCGUGUGCCCGGAGCGCAGCGCGUUCGUGACCCGCAUCCGGGCGAUGUCCGUGUCGAUAGGCUACGGGCCCGGCAUCCAGCCUGCGUUCGACGGCCGAUGCAGCUUCACGUCCGAGGCGUGCGCGACGCAGGUGUGCAAGCUGCAGUACACGCGGGUCAACGCCACCGGCAAGAACAACGAGUUCAUGUGCAUGUCCGACCCCGCGAUCGCGGCCGCCGCCGUCGCGGGCACGUACCUGGUUCGCGCCGGGCGGCAGCUCCAACCAGCCGAACGUCACCUCCGCCGACUGCGCUGA